AUGGAUGAAUACGACUACAUUAUCAUCGGCGCAGGAAUUGGCGGUCUUGUUCUGGCAAAUCGCCUAAGCCGCAAUGCCUCCAUCAGCGUGCUCCUCAUUGAAGCCGGCGCCAAUCGGAUGGGAGAUCCUCGCAUCGAGACCCCUGGACUUUUGGCCACAAUGUAUGGCAACCCGGACUUUGACUGGGAUUAUAUGAGUGUUCCACAGGUUCAUGCAAAGAACCGGCAGAUCGGCCAGCCCCGCGGUCGUGUCGUCGGCGGCUCCUCCGCGUUGAAUUUUUCCGUCGUUGCAUACCCCACUGCAUCAGACCUUGAUGCUUGGAAAGCGUUGGGAAAUGAUGGCUGGGGCGCUAAGGAUAUGGCGCCUUAUCUUCGGCAAUUUCACACAUAUUCUGCACCCAGCGAGGCUACAGCAGAACUACUUGGCACACGUCGGUACAUGAACGUUGAUAACCAAGGAUCUCAUGGCCCUGUCCCCGUAUCUCUACCCGAUGUAUAUGGGCCGUUCAAUAAAUCUUGGAACGAGACUUUUGCGCAAUUGGGCUGGGAAACCGAUGCCGAUCCCCUCGAUGGCCACAAAUUGGGCGCUUUUACUUGUCCACUGAGCGUCGAUUCUAAGACGGGGGCAAGAGGGUACGCAGCGGCAUACUACUCCCCCGAUGUUGCAGCGCGGCCGAACCUCCGACUUCUCACAGAGACAAUGGUCGAGCGAAUUCUCUUCAAAGAAGAAAACGGAGAGGUCAUUGCCACAGGUGUGCAGGUCAAGACCCAAGGCACUCCAGACCCAUACCAGAUCACCGCAACGAAAGAAGUUGUCCUCUGUGCAGGCAGUUUGAACACCCCUCAACUGCUCGAGCUCUCAGGCAUUGGUCGUGCAGAUCUUCUCCAGGCCCACGGCAUCCCGGUAAUCAUCGACAACCCCGCCGUGGGCGAGAAUCUCCAAGACCAUGCCAUCACGAGCAUCAACUUCGAAAUCGCUGACGGCCAGGUCUCCGGCGAUAUCCUACGCGAUCCAAAUGUCGUCCAGGCACUCAUCAAGCUCUACGAGGACACACACGGAGGCCCACUGGCAGGCAUGCCGCUCAGCAUGGCCUAUCUCCCGUUCAUGAACGGAACAGGUGUCGUGCCGAAAGAAGAAAUCGAGACCCUGCUCUCCCAACACCUCAACGACGAGAACAUCCCAGCCAACCUGCAGGCACAAUACUCUCACAUCCGCAAGAUGCUCCUCCAAAGUGACGAAUCCUCCUCGCACUACCUCUUCCUCCCUGCCCAACUCCACAUGAACCCAGGAAAGACAACUCUCACCGACGUGCUGGCCAAAACUCUCCCGGAGAAUUACAUCUCUAUCAUGAUGCUACACAACCACCCCUUCUCGCGCGGCUCGGUUCACAUCUCCUCUGGAAAGAUCGAAGACAAACCCACCUACGACCCCAAUUUGCUCUCACACCCACUCGAUCUAGAGAUCAUGGCGCGGCAGCUGCAGUUCGUGGACCGCAUUGCGGAGACUGCACCAUUCUCUACUCUCCUCAAGACCGGGAAACGCAUCCCUGAGAAUGCCACUGAUUUGAGCGACCUUGAUCAUGUGAAGGAUGUUGUUAAGGAUCGCUUGUAUACAUGUUUCCACCCGGCAGGCUCGUGUGCCAUGCUGCCGAGGGAAAACGGGGGUGUUGUUGAUUCUAAUCUGAAGGUUUACGGGACCAAGAACUUGAGAGUUGUUGAUGCUAGUAUUUUCCCUCUUGAGCCUACUGGCAAUAUUCAGGCCACUGUUUAUGCUGUUGCGGAGCGGGCGUCGAGCUUGAUUCUGGAUGGGCCACGUUUGCCCUCCGUGUAA